CGGCCCCCUCUCGCCCUGUCGGCUCGCGCAGCGGCGGGGCUCUCGCUAUAUAAAGGGGCGCGGCGGGCAGAGCGGGCGGCUGGCGGCGGCGGCUGCAGCCCCCGGGGCCGGCGAACGAGGCCGGGCCAGGCCCGCGGGGCUCUCUGCAGGCGGGGGGUAGAGGCCGGGGGGGGGGGGGCACGGCAGCCGGGCGGGUUUAUUGUUUUAGGGGCGACUUCCCCCCCCUACCCCCCCGCACCGCGGUUGGGGGCGUCCCGGGGGUGCUCGGGACAUGGCGAGCUCGACUAACACAAACCCCGUGCCUAAAUUGUACAGGUCUGUAAUUGAAGAUGUCAUUAAUGAUGUCAGAGAAGUUUUUCUGGAUGAAGGAGUGGAUGAACAAGUUCUUAUGGAACUCAAAACACUGUGGGAGAACAAGCUGAUGCAGUCCAAGGCUGUAGAUGGCUUCCAUUCAGAAGAGCAGCAGCUUUUGUUGCAGGUGCAACAGCAGCAGCAGCAACAGCAGCAACAACAGCAUCACCACCACCAUCAUCACACACAACCUCAGCCACAGCAGACUGUGCAGCAGCAGUCUCAGCCACAACAGGUUCUUAUUCCAACGUCUCAGCAAGCACCUCAGCAGCAAGUUAUUGUGCCAGAUUCCAAGCUGAUACCACACAUGAAUACAUCCGGCAUGAGUGCCGCAGCCACUGCAGCUACGUUGGCUCUCCCUGCUGGCGUUACUCCUGUUCAGCAGAUACUUACAAAUUCAGGCCAGAUCCUCCAAGUAGUUAGGACUGCAAAUGGAGCUCAGUACAUCAUUCAGCCACAGCAGCCAGUUGUUCUACAGCAGCAGGUCAUACCACAAAUGCAACCUGGUGGUGUACAAGCACCGGUUAUACAGCAGGUUUUGGCUCCUAUCCCUGGAGGGAUUUCCCAGCAGACAGGAGUAAUUAUUCAGCCUCAGCAGAUCCUGUUUACAGGAAAUAAAACACAAGUCAUACCUACAACAGUGGCAGCCCCUACACCAGCUCAAGCACAGAUUCCUGCAGCUGGUCAGCAGCAACCACAACAGCAACAGGCACAACCACAAGCACCACUUGUUCUUCAAGUUGAUGGAGCAGGAGACACAUCAUCUGAAGAAGAAGAAGAUGAGGAAGAAGACUAUGAUGAUGAUGAAGAGGAGGACAAAGAAAAAGAUGGAGGUGAAGAUGGCCAGGUUGAAGAGGAGCCUCUUAACAGUGAAGAUGAUGUGAGUGAUGAGGAAGGACAAGAACUGUUCGAUACAGAAAAUGUUGUUGUGUGCCAGUAUGAUAAGAUCCAUAGAAGUAAAAACAAAUGGAAAUUUCAUCUCAAAGAUGGCAUCAUGAAUCUUAAUGGAAGAGAUUAUGUAUUUUCCAAAGCCAUUGGGGAUGCAGAAUGGUGAAGUUUUUAAAACAAACAAAACAAAAAAAAAACUCCCUGUAAAAGGAAAAAAAUCAAACGCAGGAAAGGUUGAGACUUGGACUUAUACUCCAACCAAAAUGUGUAUCUGCACAUCAGAAAUAAAGCAUAAACAAAAGUAUUGGAACAAAGGUAAAAUGUGGCAACAAAGACACUACUUCAGAUGAGCAAGCCAUGGACUGUAGCAGCUAUAGCAUUGUCUGGGAGCUGGUUUUGUGUGUUAGGAAUACCUUAAUUAUCAAUUCUACAUACAGGUACCUACAGCUGGUAUUUAGCAUGUAAGGCUUUGUCCCCCCUUCUUCCCUUGGUUUAAGAUUUUAAAAUACUUCUUCCACUGAUUGAAGGAACUCUUCCCUUUGAUAGAUUAUUAAUCUGAAAAUGCUUAUUGUGUGUACAAAUCUUUGCUUUGAACACUUCCUUUUGGUAGUGAGGAUGGUCAGAAUGUUACUUAAACUGCGCGCAAGCUUUGUACAGAAGGGUAAGAAUUAAGGUGUUAAAUUUUAAAUAACUUGUAUAAGGAAAAUAUUUUUAAUUCUGAUAUGCUCAUUAAUUAUAAUAUCUAUUUGUUGUUUUCAGUUCAGUUCCCCAUAAACGAGUUGUUGUUCCUAGCAAUUAUAAAAUGGUAAAAUGAUCAUUUAUAUUUCAAAAUUAUUUUAUGUGAGUGAUACCUUUCAUUUGGGGCUGUAUUUUUUUUAAAUACUAAGCACCUGUAGCUCUGGGUUCCCCCUGUCCCAAAGUCAGACUGCUUAACUUUUAAACUAUAUUCUUGCUGUUUGGUGGUGGUUCAGCGUCAUUGAACUGAAACGAAUAAUACAAUUUUCAUUGACUUCUUAAAAAUGCUUUGGAGAGCUUUUGAAUCAGAUGUGUAGAUAAUCACAUAAUAGAUGCAUUCCUUUACCUACUUACUACAUCUGUAGUCCAGACAUCCACAAAUAAUUGAACAGAACACAAGAAAGACUAAAUUUUUAAUAUAGGAAGUAACAUAAAGAUUCUAACAUCCUGGCUGCAACUCUGUUAAUCAAAGAUCAGCUUUACUGAAAAGUAUAGCCAUAAGUUACCUGCAGCAGUUAAUCUCUCUAAAGUUUCCAGGUGGCAUAUAAUCUCACGAAGAGAGAUGCACAGCUUUUGAGAACACAAAUUUUGUUAAAGCAUCCUUAGACUGACUUGGUAACAGAAAAUCGAGCAGUUGGAUGCACUAAAUCUUGUGUAGCGACUUUCUCUUUUCCAAAGGUAUGUGUUGUUUUUUUUUUUGGUGUGUGUGAAAAGCAACAAGGUUGCUCCCCCCUGGUUCCCCUCCUCCUGAGAACUUGAACACCUUUUCUUUAUGCAUAGGUUAUUCUUGUAAACCCUGCUUUCAGAAAUGCAGUUACUUUUGGAUGAGGAGAGGGAAUGGGCAUUAUACUUCAGAAACUGUUGAGGAGGGAAUGUUCAUGUGGCUCACCAUUUCAAAAAAAUGUCUUUCACUGGGUGCUUGGGAAGGCAAUGAAAUGGAGAACAGCAAAGAUGAUUUUAAAUAAAUUGGGGAAGACUUACAGAAGCAGACAUUUGACCCAUGAGUUCUGACUUUAUUUUUAAUCUUGAGAAAGAAACUUACUAAACGUUAUUUAACAAAGUCACAAGUGUAUUUUGGCAGUAUAUAAGCACUGCCCUAAUUUUCAUUCUGAAUUACGUGCUUUCAGGUAUGUUCAUUCAUAGUCUCAGUAGUAUGUAAAAGAAACAAACAAACAAACUCCAAAUACAUUGCAAGGAGUGUUUUUUUUUUGCUGUGAUUUUGUACACCUGUGCUCUCAUUGAUAAAGACUAAAACUGCCUGUAGGCCGUGUCUAGAACCAUGUGGUUGUUAGUAAGCUAUCUACAUACAUAAGCUUUAUGAUAAGUUAAUUGGUAUUUUUUGUAAUUCAUUCUUAAGUAAUGUCAUCAUCAUUUAGAGUACAUUUUUGGCUCGGGGCUUCAAGGUAUGUCAAACUGGUGUUUGCUUUCUUCUGAACAAAGCAGAUACUUUAUUUUAUUUUUACCACUGUUGACACUUCUAUGUACAACGGCAAUGAAGUCAAUAAUUUACCAACUAAUUCCUUCCCUCACCUUUUCCAUAUCUAUUGCCAGUGAGUCUUAAGUAAUGGGCUUCAGAAGAAUUCCCAUCACACUGAACAACCAAACCAACAAAAAGAAAAAAAAAAUCACUUUUUUUUUUAUAGAUUCCUGUUUAUGCUACUGGAACCCAGAUUACGUGGACAACACUUUAUUUUCAUACGUCUUAGUCAUUUUUUCACCCACAUAUGCAUACUAGAAGCUGCAUAGCCUUUUUAUUUAUUUUUAAGGGAUAGCAGAACAUUACAGGUAACUUAAGCUUGUACUAUUCUAAAGGAUGUAUGAAGCUAUCUGAACUUGCACAGUCUCUUGCAAGGUAAUUGUAUGGUAUGCUUUUCAGAUAAGUUUUGUCUUCAAAUACAAGUACCUGUGAAGCUUUCUGAAAGCCAGUCAGACAUGACCAUACCAAACUGUGCUCUUAUUGCUACAUCAAGUGUUCCUUUUUUAAGUCAAAAAGCAUGUUUUAAUUUUAUUUUAUUGUAGCAGCUUGCUGUAAGAAUGUAGUUUGCUUAAUUUUACUAUUGUACUUGAAUUUUAAUCAUGGUUUUAACAAUGUAACUGAACAGACCAUUUCAGUAGGUCCCGCAGAAACCAUUCCUUUCAGAGGGCAAGGGAUUCCCAUGUUCAUAGUUCAUAAAUGAUUUUUUUUCCUUUGAAAUAGUUUUUUGUUGCUGAUUCUUUUCUUUCAAAUAGUUCAGUAUUACGGAAACAAUUAAUGAUUUCAAGAGGGCUUAUGUUAAAAUUUGCACAGAUAAUGGAGCACCUUUUUAUGACGGAAAAAAUGGGGAAAGAUAACUUCAUAAUUAUAACCACGAUGGCUGAUGGAAACUUGCAAAGCAACUGGGCAAAAUUGGGAGUCUUGUGCCUUUUCAGUUUCAGCAGAAUACCUGUUUUGCCAGUAUGAUAUUUUUUUAUUUUUAUUUGUUUUUGGUUUCCCGAGAGAGUAAAUUUCCUGCAGUGCUUCAAUCAAAAAAGCAACUUUUUUGCUCUAAUUCUGUUGGGUUCUAGUGUGUGCAAUCAUUUAAAAACAUCUAAGUUGAAAACAAAUGGAAAUAUGUUUUCUGUUAAGGAGAUGAUAGAUAAUUUAGUCACUUAAGGAACUUUAUAUUGGACUAUUUAAAUAAAAAUGUGAUUUUAUUCCCCCUGAGUUGCUGGUUAGUGACAAGAUUUCUUUGAGGCUUCAUACUCCUCGUUCCCUCAGUGUACUCACAAGUUGCAUUUGAGCGUCAUGCAAUUUCCUAAACACAAUUUGAAGUGAUAAUUAUGGUCUGAGUUAGUUUCCAAGAACAAGAUACCUGAUUCUGAAGCACAGUUUCUAGAAAAGAGCAAAGAGCAUGUUUUUUUCAUGGAACAGGUUUUUUACAAACGUUUUUCUAUUUCUGCUGCAGAAUAGGAGUGUUAAAAGUAAAUUUAGUUGUCUGUGAAAAUAAUUCCACCACUUGACAGUUAGCAGUAAUUACGUCACCGUAAAACAUUAGCAGAGGAAAAUUCCUUAAUUCCAGUGAAGCAGUUAGAGACCUUGUUAACUACGGUUCAUUUUGAUUCAAUCUCCUCAACUUGUUUUAAAAAAAAAAAUCCUUUAAAAACAAAAUGAGAAGAACCAAAAUUCCUCCCAAAGCAAAAGCUUCCUAAUCGAAUGCAAUAAAACGUCGUUCAGGAGGUGAAGAGUGGUUUUAGGAUAAUGCGCACUGGUUGACACUGGGCUGCUUUACACAGCGUCGUGGGGUUUGUUGUGUGCCGCACCCCCAUCCACACACACCCAACUGAAAUUAGAGUUGUUCUCAGACUUGGAGAGUAAUGACUAUAAAAGACGAAGAAACUUGCACAUUGUUUUGUAUUGGUGUCUGGCAUCUAAAGUCUUGUUUUCCCAUUGCUGUGAUUGGGUGGGAAAUGUGUAAAAAACCAGUCCAUUGGUUUCCCUGUUGUCUACUUUUUUUUUUAGAGAGUUCAUGCAGUGUGUCUUUUAAUUAUUAUUUGGUGGAUUUGACAUUGUGGAACAAAAGGAGUUUGUUUUUUUUUAACAGGGUGAACUACCUUGGGUUAGCUAUAUGUACAGUCAUCCAAUGAGACAUGUUCCAGAGUGCAUAGGGUACCAAUAGAACAUGGAGUGGGGGAAUAUCCUUUUUUGCUGUUCUGAGCUACUAUUGUCAACUGCUGUUGUACAUAUACUGUUAUGUGUAAGGGGGUAAAUAUAUUUAUUAUGUUUGUAAAAUUCAUUCUGUACAAUUGCAGAUCAAGGUUGCUCCUCUGUGAUAUACAGGAUAUUAUGUUUCAAAGGCCAUGCUUGGAAUACAAUUAGAGAACUUAGUAUUUUGAUGUACUAAGACCUAUUUUAAGUUUAAUAUUUUGCCUUUGCAAAAACUUUAAUUAAAGAUGUUAUUUAAAAA